AUGAAUGAUUUUGAGGGCACUUAAAGCAAAGAGGGGCUCAGGUAGUAAUUAUCGAACGAGAGAAACCACUUAAAGAUCGAUAUCAACAAUGGAACAAAUCAGGGUCAAAAGUUAGACUCUAGAAGCAGCAAAAGAAUAGAUAGUUAAUAAGAUCAGGAAGGAGACUAAAAUCGUACUUAAAAGCAUUAAGGUGAUUCUGUCCUUAAUUACUAAAUUAAUGCCGAAGAAGUUACUGAUCAACUACCUUCCCCAAAUAUCCCUAAUUUAAUAGUUUCAAAGUUUUCAGAGCUGGAAGACUAUAACUCUAAAUAAAACUAAGCUAAGUUGACGUUUGAAAUAGAUAAGGAUAACCUCAGAAGUUAAACAUAAAAGGAAGAUAAUUUAGGAGUACUAAUAGCUGCAAAUAAAAAUGAAUUAUAAAAUUCAGGACUUCUCCAACCUGAUGCAUAUUCAGAAAUAUCCCCCAAAAAUAAACAAUAGAAGCGUAAAUGA